AUGGCCAAGCAUCAUCCUGAUUUGAUCAUGUGCAGGAAGCAACCGGGCAUCGCCAUUGGACGACUCUGUGAGAAAUGUGAUGGAAAAUGUGUGAUCUGUGACUCUUACGGUCGUUGUGUCAUCUGUGGAGGUGUAGGCAUAUCUGAUGCGUACUACUGCAAAGAGUGCACGCAGCAGGAGAAAGACCGGGAUGGCUGUCCCAAGAUUGUGAAUUUGGGUAGCGCGAAAACUGACUUGUUCUAUGAGCGUAAGAAAUAUGGGUUCAAGAAAAGAUAA